CAAUCCUCAGCCAUCACAUGAGUGUGGAAGGCGACAUCAAGGGAAUGUGGUUACCAAGGAGAGACACUAUACCUCUAAUGACUCGAACUGCUUCUCGUCAAGUUCAAUACAGUCAUGGUGAAACCCGAGCAGCUCGUGUUGUUUUACAGGCCCCAAGGCUCAAUCAAGGUCACCAGGAGACAGGGCCACUUUGCCUCGGGCUUAAGAGAUGUCUUGUAAUCACCACUCGAGGCUCUUCCAGGCUCAUUGACCAAUGCCACAACCCGCCAGUUAUGGCUAUCCAAGAUUACCAGUGAUUGCCCGAUUAAACGACCAUCCCGUCUGACGGAGUGCGGAGUGAGGGGAGAGUGCAGUGCAUAAGUGUAGGCAGCUGCAUAGAUUUUGCGGAGAGGACUAGUACGUACAGGCAAUGCAGGACGCGCCGGGUACGGAUGAAGAUUCGAGUGAUGGCAUUUGAUCCACUUCAACUUGUGCUAACCGUUUUUGCGGCCUUGAAUGGGAUGAACGGGUUUGAGGUUGCCGUUGGUUUGACUGACUUAUAGGCCGACGGCCACUCCCUCUUCAAUAAUACUGACACAGUCCGCGAUAGGGCCGGGCAGAGUGGUCGCCCAUGUUCGGGCCAUGAGCUCUUUUGCUGCUGAUGAUAAUCACCGAAGCGACUCAAAGUGUCCAAAGUCCACUUCUCAUUCGGCCGGGAAAGAGACGAACUACCUACCAUAGGUACCUAGGAUGGGAGGCUGGAAGCGAGGCGGGACCGGAAAGCCAUGAGGUUAGGCCUCGAAGACGGCCGCCAUAUGGCCUCUCGGGGAAUGCAAUCUACUAGUGUACCAACGGGAUUCGACUUGAAAAGCAAACAUUUGGCCGUUGGAAGAAGCCAACAUUGUGAGGAAAGGCUGAGAAGACUGCCGACUUUCUCCUCCUCAAGAAAUGUCAUCACC